GGCGCAUCGCACCGCCUUCGCAACAGCAUUGCUCCUGUGCCACAUCCGCUUUCCAACGCAGUGGUGAUCAACUAUCUCCAACAUGUCUUUUCCAGGAGGAAUAGGAGGGGUUGGCGCAUUGCCAGCCGCCAUGAACCCUAAUGCUGGCAUGAGCGAGCAGGAGCAGCAGAUGGUGAAAGCCAUGCAAAUGGGCAUGGAGUCUUGCAUUGGCAAGACGGUAAUGGCAGGCGUCAUGGGUGGUGGUUUGGGUGCUAUGUUUGGACUCUUUAUGGCCUCGAUGCGAUACGAUACCCCAAUGUCACAACCCCUCGCUGUCAAUACACCGGCUUCUAAGCCUGCCACCGCAGUCUCCGGCACAACACCAACAGCAGGCGUCAAGCCAUCAACCAUAGCUACAAGCAACGUCAACUCCGCUUCCGCAGCUACCCUCACCACAGCGCCCUCUGCGUCCGCCACCGCUACCCUCCCAAAUCCAACCGUUACCGGAGUCGUCGAUGUCAAAGACCUUCCACUCCGCCAGCAACUACGAGCUGGUCUGCGCGACAUGUAUCGAUCCUCUAUUUCCAGUGGACGCAACUUCGCUAAAGUGGGCGCCAUAUUUUCAGGCACUGAAUGCGCCAUCGAGGGCCUACGAGCCAAGAACGACUUGUACAACGGAGUGGCUGGGGGCUGUUUGACAGGUGGAAUACUAGCCAGAAAUGCCGGGCCACAGGCUGUGGCUGUGGGAUGUGCAGGUUUCGCAGUCUUUAGUGCGGCGAUUGAUGCGUACAUGCGUAUGCCAGAAGACGAGAGGAGCAAACCUAUCGCUUAAGUCUUCGCCUUGAAACGAAUCUCGAGCAUCACGACAAAGAGCUAGGACGGCGUUGAUGUAAUUCAUGUAUGUGUACUGUAUACCACAAGCGACGUGAGGAUGGGCUCGCAACUUCAGCAUUGGGCGGCGUUUGAAUGAAACAUUUCAUGAACAUCUCACAACUUUUACUGAGGGCGAGUCAGAAUUACCACGUAGCAAUCGAGGCCAUGACUACAG